AUGCGUUGCAAGCACACGUACCCUAAUCUGAAUGAAGCUGAUCUUGAGGAAAUGUUCGUUCGUGGAAGCGGCCCUGGUGGACAGUCUGUGAACCGGACGGCAAACUGUGUGGUGCUCAAACAUCUACCAACAGGCAUUGUGAUAAAGUGCCAUGAAACGAGGUCUUUGUAUGACAACCAAAAGAGGGCUCGGUUGAGGAUGCAAGAAAAGUUGGAUUGGCAUUACAAUGGCGAAAAUAGUCAGUUGGUGCAGGAACAAAAGGAACAAUCUAAAAUUCGUGAUGAAAAGAAACGUCGUGCUAAAUUACGUCUAGAGAAAAAGAAGGCAUUCAAAGAAAGGGAAGGUUUGGAUUGA